UUCAGUUCACAAACAAAACUCUCACGAGCACUUGAGAGUUUCACUCGCUAUCGCAUGCGUACUUUUCUCACAUUAACACCCUUCUCUGUCAAGCUACCCCUCACCACGGUCUGGCUCAGAUCAAUAUCAGAGGCACGAUCCAUCCCACCGGGGAUUAUGUCCGAGUACCUGGAGCCGUCUCGAAGCUCGUAACGAUUCUUCAAACAUUGUAUGAUCGCGACAUCGUACCAGAAUACAUCCGCAUGUCUGCAAUCUAUUGAUAGGCUUGGCAGAACAGCCAGAACUAUCUGCAGCAAUGAAUGGGGGGCCUGGGGAUUUGGUCAUCACGACGCUGGUGGACCGACUGACCACGAGGCUGCCCCAUCGCACCGGAUCGCCUUCGUACGAGUUUAGUCGCGACGAGAUAGUACUUCUUAGCCGUUCAACACUCCUCCAAAUAUCAAUUAAUCGCACCGCCGAAGUACUCAAAUCCUUAUGCCAUCUACUCGAGGAUCUUUCCGAACCCUACAAAGACAAAGGGAUACAAUCACAUCCAAUCCAUGUUCUUAAUUCAGAGCUAUAUGUGCUGGAAUUGCUAGCUGAAUGUUGCGAAAUCAGAGACUCGGGGGAAGAGGGAGACAAGUCUGAAAGCGCAAGCUCUGGCUCCGCCCAAGAUUCGAAGCACACGUCCCCUGCUGACGAUUAUGGUCAGAAGAGAAGGGCAUCUCGAAAUCGCUUACUACUGCGCAAUGAUCCCCCAGAACCUCUGGAAGAAGAAUUGGCAAUCAGAUUAAUUGAUGCUGUAAAGUUGUUCUCGCGGCCCAUUUCUGAAAGCUAUGUGCUUCCUGCUGCCAACAUCCUCGACGACGUUUUCAAAGGCAUUCGAAUGGGAGAGCCAGGUGAACCUGACAAUGCCACUACAAACGGACAUCUCAACGGCACAGAAGUGUCCAAGCUACUUCUUGACAUGACUGACGCGAUCGAAGCCUAUACGAGAGGGAUCCUGGAAUAUGUCUCCUUUUCAAAUUGGUCGCAAGUCCUUGAUUGCUUGAGAAGCGCCCUGCAUCAAGCUGCCCAUCAACCGCCGGGCAAUGCUGCACAAUCUAAUGUCUUAGCCGAUGAUGAUAGAAACGCUUUGGCCACAAUUCGACUCAUUUCUUCUUUCUGGGUGGACAGUCGCAAACUGAGUUUCGUCAUUCAAGAGCUAUGUGGCAGUUUUUUACAUCUUCGCAAACCCUUUCAGACGACUGUUGCGAUCGUACUGCCUUUGCUGAUCACCAGGUGGCUUGAACGUAAUCCUGAGGAGUUCAGAGACCUCCACACGAGCCAAGAAAGACUUGAUGGUGGGCCAGAGACACUGUUUGACAUGACCAAUACAAUGUUCGAUGGGGGCAGAAGGAAGGCUUUGCUUUUUCCAUUUCAAACCUCUCUCCUUUUCCUCUUACCCGACGUCUUCGAAGUCGCAAGUCAUAUGAGAGAAAACAAGAGCGGCGGUAUAUCCAAGAAAGUAACUUUUCUGGAAAUGUUGAGAAAGGCUCUCAGGAACCGAAAUGAAACAGCUAUAUACUGUUUGACUUCUGUCCUCAGGGUCGCUCGACACUUCCCGCCAGAAAGCGAAGCCGCACUUCUAAGUUAUGCUCUUGACAUCCAGGAGGAGGUGAAGGAAGCAGUGUUUAGGCGAUACAUACCUGGGAUGGACACAGCAAACAUUGAUAGCUCUCUGAUGACUGCUGCGUUCGUAAGUCUAGCACAUCUUAACUUCGAGAACUGUGUGGAGACUCUCGCGCCUCUUUGCUUAGCGCCGAACACACCUCAAGAUUUCAAGAUAGCCAUCAUUUCAGCCUGCUCUCAUUUUGCAAGGCAAUCGAAUGCCGAGGAAUAUCAGCCCUUGUUCGCUCAAGUGGCAGAAUUUGUUCGAGCUCAGCUGAAAGCCGCCGCUUUGAGACCUCGCGAUUCAUAUCCCAAUGAGCAGUACACCUUGAUGAAACCACUCGAUGUCACUACCUCUGGCGACAUCAUCUACAAUAUUUUGCUUUUCUUGGACGCCUCUCCCCUCACUCUUUUCUUAGGAGCUCCUGAUAAUGGACCGGAAUGGACACUCUUCUUUGAGGAUAUAUUUGCAUCUUUUACAACAUACCUUGUCCUGGAUGACGAGCGCAUCAGGUAUAUGACUAAUGUUGUGGCUCGCAGAAUCAUGACAAAUGGUUCGGUGACACUAUGGCAUAAAAGCAAAAGUCUUGGUUCCCGAACAUUCAAGUACAACUUCUGGAAAUCAACAUCUAUCGUGCUCAUGACAGUAGCUGAAAAGUUGAUAACUAUGAACAACGAAAAAGGGACACUCACAUUCAUCCAUGAAUACCUGGAGUCCCGAUUAACACUCUUGAAGAACAUUGAGGAGCUCACCGAGGUCGCCGAAGACAUGCCUGAGCGUGCAGCUGCUUGCACCAAACUUGAAACUGCAUUCUUGGUUUCGAUAUGUUCCACAGAUAUUUCAGUCUGUCAAUUGGUCACCAAGUGUAUUGCUCUCUUCUGUCAAGAAGCUCAUCUAGUCGACGGCUCAAGUGGGGUCGCGAAGUCGUUGACACCAACCCUCCGCAAUCUAGAUGUUUUCCAGGAAAUUUCUACAAGAGAAUUCCGAUUUACUGGUUUGGUAGCGUUCCAAAAGCGCGUUCGAAGCCUGUUGAGGCAAAUUCAGCAUCCAACGGCUGGUAUUCUGACAGCAUGGGAAACGGUCUUCGAUGCCUGGUUCAAGUUAUCAAAGCAAAUCUUCUCUCGCACAACGGAUUCACUAGAAGAGAAGUCUCUGGUAGAGUGGCGCAACUAUUCUGGCUUUCUUGCUUCCCUCGGUGGCGCUUGCAUAUCAGAUCAAGCUUUGGCUCCCGAAGAAGCUGGCCUUGCGGGACUGAAAUGGAUAGAUAGACUUUCGCCAGAAAGCUAUGACGACACUCUGCUGAGUAGAUACAUGAAACAGAGCAUCCAGUUGUUAGCAAGUAACAAUGUGAGGAUUCGAGAGGCGACGAGAGAGACACUUUCGACCGAGCUUUCCCCACCACUAUACUUUCCGUUGUUCGAGACUCUUGAGUCUGAGCUUGGAGUGCUCUUCGACAGUCCUCGAACCAAUACUUCCCUGUCAAUAGAAUCACGAGUGAUUUUUGCCGAACAAGCUGCGGCUCUUCUGAAGAGCAUUGUUGAACGUCUGGGUGGUCCAGCAGAAGUCGGAGCGGCAUUGACCAUUGACAUUGGUGGAUUAACACUCAAUUUUGCGAAAUUCCUGGACGAUGUAACUGAGGGCGCGAGUAUACUAAGGGUCAAAAUCAAAAUCUGCCAGUUGUGUGAAACCGUAACACAAAAGAAAGAGCUUCUCAACCUCAGACAUGAUGUUCGGAUUCGAAACCAACUCCUAGAAGUCAUCUUCGGCUGGAUAGCACGCCCAGGUUCUCCCAAAGAUGUCCCUCCAGCAGGCGCGCGACUGGAGGAGAUGUCACGGCUCCAACGGGAUCUGGAUCGAGCGUGCCUCAAGGCACUUGCAGAUUUGACUUACCGCCUUCCCCUUCAACCUGCAGAAGGUCAAACUGAUGCGGAUACAAGCGAUCUCAAAUCUCAAAUGUUUCAUACAUACUUCAACAGGUUCCUAUCUCUGCUCAAUUUCGAGAACACUGAGAUCGGAAGAACCGAAGUUCGGCUGGCUGCAACGAUCAGUGAUGAGACUAUGACCAUGCCAGAACUUGCCAUCAGUGCCCUUUCCAAUCUCCUGAGUGCGAACAUCGAUGUAGGUUUGAAGCACUCACUGGGAAUUGGUUAUCAUGAGGACCUCGACAUAAGAACUGCAUUUGUCAAAGUCCUGUGCAACAUUUUGAUCCAGGGUGCCGAAUUUAACAACCUCUCUGAUGCAGCCGUGAAUGAAAGAUACGACGAGCUACUAGAGCUCCUCAUUAACGACAUGGCCCUUACUAUCGCACUGUGCGACGCAUGUCCAAGUACGGAAGUUGACGAAAUGACAAUAUCUUUGCUCAACAUCUUCGACUCUAGAGGACUGGGCUUUGUGUUGCUAGAGGCACUCAUCGAGCAUGAAGUAGAAGAGACAGAGAAUGAAGCGGAACUCCUGCGUAGAAAUUGCGUUGCUACAAAAAUGCUGUCUGUUUACGCAAAAUGGAAAGGGGCGGCAUAUCUCAAAGCGACACUUCAGAAAGUAUUGGAACGUCUCGUGCUGACGUCCAAGGACCUGGACCUUGAACUGGAUCCUGCCCGGACCACUUCCGCAGAAGAACUUCAGAAGAAUGCCCUUCAGCUUCGAGUUGUUACGAAAGUAUUCAUUGAUGACAUAUGUAACUCAGCAGUACAUAUUCCUGUCUCUUUCAGAAAGAUAUGUAGUAUUAUAUCUGCCACUGUCAUGAGGCGCUUUCCGGAAGCCAAAUUCACGGCAGUUGGUGCCUUUAUAUUCCUCCGAUUUUUCUGCCCUGCCAUUGUAGCUCCAGAUGCCGAAGGCUUGAUCACCUCGGCGCCCUCGAAGGAGAUGCGCCGUGGACUCCUUCUCAUCGCAAAAGUUGUCCAGAAUCUGGCGAACAACGUGUUGUUUGGGGCAAAGGAACCAUACAUGUUUCCUCUCAACGACUUCUUGACGCAGAACAUCUACCGAGUAACAACAUUUUUACGAGAAAUUUCUGUUUCACCUAACAUGAUCGAGCCAAAUGUAGAGUCAGAGUCGUUCGACUUUGGCUCCUGUGUUGCCUUGCAUCGGUUUCUGUACGAUCACUGGGACCAUGUCCGCCAGAAGAUCGUCCUUCGGGAAAGGAGGGGCGCAACUCGCUCACUUGUUGAGAUCAGCAAAGGCCAGAUACCUAUUUUGGAAUCUCUUCGUAAGCUCAUAACCAACUUGGGUCCUCCUCCAAUGGACGUCUCUUGGAACAGGCCCGCAAUUUCAUCCAACAGCCCUCCAUCAUACUCGCGGUUUCAACAUUUCAUGCUUCGUAACGCUGGUAGAAAUACGGAGUCCCUAGUCUCGACCCGUGCAGUGUAUGAUGGAGGUGAAAGCAAGGAUGGUCUGCCCAUGAUCUGUAUCAUACUUCGCAAUAUUGACACUGAAACAACGGAUUACGAGCUUCUUCUUUUUGGCUACCUCAAGAUCGCAAGUCGCAUGUGGCACCGUCCCUUCGGUAUUCUGAUCGACGCAACCUGCUACAAUGGUCAAAAUGAGCCACAAGAUGCCCUCUUCCGCAAGCUAGAUCUUCUGACUCCAACUGAAUUAUCGAAACAACUUUCGAGGGUCUAUGUGUAUAACAUGAACAGUGCUUUUAGGAAAUGCUUCCGUCGCAUCUUAAGAUUAGCUGCAAAGAGUGAAAAGAGUGCUUUUCAUCCGAAGAAUGUGGAUUAUCACCUCAUUGGUAGCUUGCAAGAUCUUCAGGCGCAUUUUCACCUCAGCCAGUUGCAUUUGCCUAAAGAAACUAUUAGUGUUGUUACUGACACCCGAUAUGUUUUCCAGCCGAUCAUUAGGCUUUCAAAAACAAAGGGAAAAAUCGAGGUAGUCAUCAAGGUGGGCAGUCAGUUCGUUCAGGUCACGACAACAAAGAAGCAAGAAGUUGUUCCGGGCUUGAGAUUGCACGCAACAGUAAACGACAUCUUCCGCCUGUCAGAGGUAGAUGAAGCACCAACCUCCAUACAGACUGAAGACGAUUCCGCAUUUGGUUUGCGAACAGAGAAUGGCAAGAUCGUCAUGUACUUCACUAGCCCAAGAAAGCCUGAUGUUCUCCAAGCUAUUCGAGGUGCCAAAGCUAAGUAUGGGAAGGAGCUGAGAACAUUAAAAUCUUUCGAGAGGCUGGUCCGGCCUCAAGAUGUCCCGGGGACCCUUCUGAACAUUGCCUUAACAAAUAUGGCAAGUGGUGAUCAGGUCUUAAGGUUGGCUGCUUACAACCUUCUCUGUGCACUUUGUCGCGCAUUUAAAUUUGCUGCGGACUCAAAAUUCAUGAGUGCAAAAGAACUAUGUGUACCACUGAAUCCUUCGCGUUUCAUAAUCGACAUCAGUCAGCAGCUUGCACGCUCGGAGCCCCAACUUACUGCAGAUUUCCUAAACGAAUUCUUUGUUGGUUGGGAAAGCUUUCCUUACUCACAGAGACCUUUGAGUCUGGCAUACAUGGCGCCUUGGUUGCCAGGUCUAAGGACGAAUCUCAUACCUACAGAUGCUGAUAGCGAUAAAGCGCGAGAAAAGGUCGCUGCUAUAUUUAGAAGACUGAUCGAAGUUGCCAUAUCCGACGUUGCUUUAAGUACUACGCUGGAACAAACGAUCUGGCCAGCGAUAAAUAACGACGAAAUCUACACAGAUAUCUUCUUGGAUGAGCUCAUAAAGGCCUCACUUGGCUUUGGCAUAGAUGACGAACGCACAGAGAUCUUGGGCUCUAUUAUUGCUUCUCUCGGAACCAUCACAAUACGCGGAAAACUCCUCUCACGGCUUCGAAAGGCCUUGAAUCGAACAUCUCUUCGUCCCACUAGGCAACUACCCGAGAAUACCGUCUGGGGAGAGAUUUGUGUUCUACUACGUCUCUGCUUGUCGACGUCCUUCGACAGUGGUGCUCAGUCACAAUUAUACCUGCCAGAACUUUUCCAUCUAGUGACGAUGCUCGCGAAUACAGGUUCCACCGAUGUAAAGCUAAUGGUCCAUCGACUUCUUGUCAAUACGAUUCAUGCUAUCUGCACAACAUUCAACUUAGAUGAGAGUAAGCUUAGCCGCUUGAAAGUGCUGCUGCUCUCGCUAUCGGAGCCCAGGAACGAUCCACUCUUCAAUAUUCCUUCCAGAGAUGGUGUCUCAAUAUCUUCCCUGCAAGAUACUGGGAUUCCUGCGUUGAUUGCCACGGAAGCACUUGCUGUUCUCCUCGCUGAAAUCAGUACGAUUGCAGCUCCGACCACAGAUAUGUCAAACGCAUGGCGAUCGAGAUGGAUGAGCUUGGUUGCCAGCACAGCUUUUCAGAGUAAUCCCGCCAUUCAACCUCGCGCGUUCACUGUGAUGGGCUGUCUAGCUCGUGAGGAUGUUGAUGAUGACCUCCUUUACCAGGUUCUCGUCGCAUUGAGGAGCAGUAUUGGACGGUUUACAGAUGAUAACGACAGUGAAAUGCUGAUCGCCAUCGUCACGUCGCUCACGAAAAUGAUGGACAAACUUCCGUCAGCAUCACGUUAUGGAAUGCAAAUGUUCUGGCUUGCUCUAUCUCUUGUCAGACUUGUACCCAUAUCCCUCUUCAACUGCUCGGCCCUUUUUCUCGAUGCUGUUCUGAGUAAUAUCGCAACGUCUGGGGAGUUCAAGGGAGGCCGUAUGGUUCCGACCUUACUUCAAGGCAGAGUGCCUCUUGAAGAUGCAGCUUUACAAUUGGAUGAGAUCUACGGAAUCCAUUUCAAUAUCGAGAAUUUCCAUUUUGCACUUUGUGCAACUUUGGUCAAAGGACUUACAGACAGCGUUACUAAGGGAACAGCAAUUCGGGUCCUGUCGACCUUCCUAGAGAUAACAAGCGCAAGUGCACCUCCAGAGAGCAGAUUUCCCAAGGAUCUUAGCUGCUUGCCUUAUUUGGGAAUUCUCAUGUCAAGAGCGAUGACUCCCGAAGAAGCCAAGGAGAAUCUUUGGCUCGCGGGUUGGACAGCCCCGGAUGACGAUGUUACGUCUGAAAAUGUGUUGGAGAUGGUUGAUCUUCAGAUCGUCAAAGAUAAAGAGUUGCUUCUCAAUGCUGCUAUUGGUAUUGUAGAUUUUUCUUACCUGGAAGACGUGGUACAAAAUCGGGCACUUCUUUGGCUUAACAGGAUCGCCCUAAAACGACCUACCGUCAUAUUACAUCUAUGCGGACCUGUUCUCCGUGUGCUAGACGACGUUCUCAUCUCGUGCCAGAACGCGGUCACGCUCGAGUCUGCCCAUCAGCUACUGAGGACUCUAACAUCGAACCCGAAAUUUGCUGGUGGUGUGGAUACUGCCGAGAUGUUGGAAGAUGUCCUUGAUGGAAUCGGCUUCGGUGGUCUGUGGAGAUCGUCAACUUUCCACACUGCGAAUGAGCUUGAAAGGCAAUGCACGAUUUUGACUGACAGACUUAUUGAGGUAGGCUGA